AUGGAUCCAGAACCGCUUCACCAUAUUCGGAAAGUCUUGGUAGCAAACCGAGGAGAAAUCGCCGUUCGUUGCAUCAGAGCAUGUCGCGAGCUGGGCGUACAGAGUGUCGCCGUUGUGACAAAGGCAGAUGGAUCCUCACUUCAUGCUCAAUUGGCAGACGAAAUGGUUACAUUGCCGGGUAGUGAUAGCACAGCUUAUAUCGAUGGAGACUCCAUCCUUAAGGUCUGCCUUGACUGUGGCGCCGAUGCUAUCAUCCCCGGAUAUGGCUUUCUCAGCGAGAACUUUGACUUCGCAAGUGCCGUCACGCAGGCAGGCAUCACUUUUGUAGGACCCUCGCCCGCCUCGAUCAAGGCAAUGGGUCUGAAGCAUGAGGCGAGAACGAUCGCCGAGUCUGCGAACGUCCCAGUUAUUCCUGGCACGCCGUUGCUAUCAUCUCAGGGGCAUGCGCUUGAAGGUGCAAGGCAGCUGGGGUUCCCUCUUAUGAUGAAAGCCACCGGAGGAGGCGGUGGGAUGGGCUUGCAGAUCUGCCACAACGAAGACGAAGUCCAGAAGGCAUUUGUGCAUGUGGAGAGCCGGGCUGGAGCACUGUUCAAGAACAGCGGGGUCUUUCUCGAGAGAUACUAUCCCCACUCGCGUCAUAUUGAGGUGCAGGUGGCCGGCAAUGGCGAGGUGGUCGUCACCUUUGGUGAGCGCGAGUGCUCUCUACAACGGCGGCAUCAGAAGGUGAUCGAGGAAUCGCCGAGUCCAUUUGUACAGCGCACUCCCGGUCUACGCGAGAAGAUGUUUGCGGCGGCAACCCGGUACGCUUCAUGCCUCAACUACAAGAGUGUUGGUACUGUGGAGUUUCUUGUGGAUGAUGAAUCGGCCGACUUCUUCUUUCUGGAGAUGAACACUCGUCUACAGGUGGAGCAUGGCGUCUCCGAGCUAUGUUACGGGGUCGAUUUGGUUUAUCUGAUGCUGCGACAAGCCGACUGCGAACGUGGGGGGCAGCCAGGUCUCCCCUCCGAGGUACUGAAGACCCUAGGGCAUCCACAACCCGUGGGAUGGGCUAUCGAAGCGCGCCUGUAUGCGGAAGUUCCAUUGCGGAACUUUGCCCCUAGUCCCGGGCUGCUACAAUCAGUUCUAUGGCCGGAAGGAGAGGGCAUCCGGGUCGAUACCUGGGUGAAGAGUGGUCAACGCAUCACGUCCCUAUACGACCCGUUACUUGGAAAGGUGAUGGUACAUCAUUCCGACGGUCGAGCCGCCGCCCAGCAGCGAAUGCUAGCCGCCUUGGAAAAAACCACCUUGCAAGGUACACAGACCAACUUGAACUAUUUAUCCAAGGUGUUCCAGUCUGAAGCCUUUACUGCGGGUGCUACCCUGACAUCUUUUCUCCCGCAAUUCGGAUACCAAGUCUGUGCUGUGCAAGUACUCGAGGCCGGUUUCUUCACUACGGUCCAAGAUUAUCCUGGACGCAUCAAUGUUGGCCAUGGAGUACCCCCAAGCGGGCCAAUGGAUGACCUUAGCAGUAGACUGGCCAACAUUUUGGUUGGCAACGAAGUCGGAACAGAGCUUUUGGAGGUUACCUUAACGGGGCCAGAGCUGCUAUUUCACGAGGCAGCGGUGAUCGCCGUCUGUGGUGCCCAGCUUCCCGUCAUGGUAGAUAAGACUGAGCAGGCGAUGUGGUCCCGUAUUGUUGUCAGCCAAGGCCAGACUCUCAAGCUAGGUACCGUGACAGGCAGUGGGCUUAGGGCUUAUAUUGCGAUCAAGGGUGGCUUCCCCCAGAUUCCUACAUACCUUGGCUCCAAGUCGACCGCCCCAGAACUACAACUUGGAGGUCUGCAAGGACGUCGUCUGCAGACUCAUGACAUUCUCGAGUUGUCCAAAAACUCGGCUGAUUUCGCGGCUAAGUGUACGCCAAUGUCUCUACCGCGUGAUGCAAUUCCUGAUUACCGGAUCCGAAAGGUCUACUGCCUCAAUGGCCCUUUCGGCUCCGAAGAGGUCCUUACACAGGAAGGUUUGGACACCAUCUUCAAUGCUGAAUGGACGACCAGCUACGACAGCAGCCGUAGCGGCGUAAGACUCACCGGGCCUCGACUCAAGUGGGCUCGUGGCGGCGGCGGCGGCGGCGGCUCUCACCCUUCCAAUGUCUUUGACUACGGAUAUCCCAACGGCGGUGUCAACUGGACGGGGGAGUAUCCUAUCAUUCUCACGCGUGACCGUCCGGAUCUUGGAGGCUUCGCAUGUCCUAUUACUGUAUGUUCCGGCGAAAUGUGGAAGAUUGGUCAAUUGAAGGCGGGUGACGCGGUGCGAUUCUGUCCGACCACCUUCGACAACGCGCUGGAAGUGGUUCUGGCCAAGAACGCCUACCUGCAGGCUGUUGCUUCGUAUGCUCAAGGCCAAGAGGAGGCUACCAUCCCUUCGCUCCAGCUCGAUCUGGGUAACGAAGCGACAGCCUCUAUUCUUCAAGUCAGGUCUGCCUGCCUCGAACGGCCUCGCGUGACCUUUCGCCAAGGGGGUGAUACCAGCAUUAUCGUCGAAUAUGGCGAACAAGUCGCUGAUCUGCGAAAUACUGCUUGUGUCAAGCUUCUUACCGAACAGCUACAGAGUCGAGACCUUCACGGGGUCCAACUCGAGCCGAACAUCGCCACCCUAACCGUGCAUUACGAUCCGCUCCAGUACCCUCAAGCUGCAAUGCUAUGCACCCUCGUUGAGGCCAGUGAUCAGAUCGCCGAGGUAUCUGGACUUCGCAUUCCGGUGCGCGAGAUUCACCUGCCCUUGUGCCUCGAUCACCCAAGCAUUCGGGAAGCCACCCAGCGGUACAUCGAGAGUAUCCGGCCCACGGCCGCCUAUCUUCCGGACAAUGUCGACUACCUGCGCGAAGCCAAUGCCCUCGAGUCACGCCAAGAUAUCUUCGACUCCCUGCUCAAGACCCCAUGGCUCACGGUCGCGGUGGGCUUCUUCGUCGGGACUCCGAUCAUGUUCCCUCUCGACCCGCGCUACCAGUACACCGGCCAGAAAUACAACCCUAAUCGAGUGUUUACCCCGAGUGGCGCGAUCGGGCUCGGCGGCUCCCUGGUCGCUCUUUAUCCCGUGGACUCUCCAGGGGGUUACCAGCUGAUGGGCCGCACACUGGGCGCAUGGGACACGGCGGGCACGCGGCCAGGCUUUUCGCCCACCCGCCCCUGGCUCUUCGAUCAGUUUGAUAUUGUUAAUUUCUAUCAGGUCAGCGAGGCCGACUUUGACCGAGUGGAACGCGACUUCUUGGCUGGCCGAUACAGCUUCCAAAUCAUGCAGACGACGCUUGAUAUGGACCACUACAUUGCCAAAUUCGAUGCGGCCGCGCAAAAUUCGGCCUACCGAGAGUGGCGGAAACGGCAGGCCGUCGCGGUGGAGGAGAUGAAUCGGCUCGAGCAGCGGCUGUUCGACGAGUGGAGAGCGGCCAAGACUGCAGCUGCCGGCCAGAAUGAGGACAGGGAUGAUGAGGGAUAUUGCUCUACCAAUGUUGUGAGAAUUGCAUCCCCUGCGGAUGCCAACAUAUGGAAGGUGCAGGUCAAUGUGGGCGAUGUGCUGGAGAAGGGCCAGGUGGUAGCAAUUCUCGAGGCGAUGAAAAUGGAGAUCCAAGUCUCUGUGGCCGAAGCGCAACAUGGCGCUCGCGUAACAUCUAUCCCUGGCCGCCCCGGCCGUGUUGUUGCCCCGGGCACCACCAUCAUUACUGCCACCCAAGAGUCAGCUCUUUGA